CAGCGCCCCCUCAGACGCCGCACUCCGCUCAGGUCCCUGGUGAGGUGACAGCUGUUGAACAAUGGCAUUCAACAAGAUGUGGUGUACUGUAGCCCUUGGACUUUUGCUGCCAGUUUCUUAUGCCCAUACAGACUUCUUCACUUCCAUUGGCCAUAUGACAGACUUAAUUAAUACAGAAAAAGAUCUGGUGGUGUCACUAAAAGAUUACAUUAAGGCAGAAGAAAGCAAGCUGGAACAGAUCAAAAAAUGGGCAGAGAAGUUGGACCAGCUGACAGACACCGCCACAAAAGAUCCCGAGGGGUUUUUGGGACACCCUGUAAAUGCAUUCAAGUUGAUGAAGCGGCUCAACACAGAAUGGAGUGAGCUGGAGAGCCUGGUUCUGAAGGACAUGUCAGAUGGCUUCAUCUCCAACAUGACUAUCCAGCGGCAGUUUUUCCCAAAUGAUGAAGAUCAGACUGGUGCAGCCAAAGCCCUGUUGAGGCUCCAAGACACAUACAAUUUGGAUACAGACACCCUCUCAAGAGGGAAUCUUCCAGGUGUGAAGCACAAAUCCUUCUUAACAGCUGAGGACUGCUUUGAGCUUGGAAAGAUUGCUUACACCGAAGCUGACUACUACCACACUGAGCUCUGGAUGGAACAAGCUUUGAAACAGCUGGAUGAGGGAGAAGUGUCUUCUGCAGAUAAAGUCUACAUUCUGGACUACCUGAGUUAUGCUGUGUAUCAGCAGGGGGAUCUGGCCAAAGCCAUGAUGCUCACCAAACGCCUUCUGGAACUGGAUCCUGAACACCAAAGAGCAAACGGAAACAUGAAAUACUUUGAAUAUAUCAUGGCGAAGGAGAAAGAAGCAAACAAGUCUGGUACGGAUACAGAAGACCAGGCAGAGAAGGAAACUGAGGUUAAGAAAAAGGAUUACCUGCCCGAGAGAAGGAAGUACGAAAUGCUGUGCCGUGGGGAGGGUCUCAAAAUGACUCCUCGGAGACAAAAAAGACUCUUCUGCCGGUACUAUGAUGGAAACAGGAAUCCUAGAUACAUCCUGGGCCCUGUCAAACAGGAGGACGAGUGGGACAAACCUCGAAUUGUUCGCUUCCUUGACAUCAUCUCCGAUGAAGAGAUAGAAACUGUGAAAGAGCUGGCAAAGCCGAGGCUCAGCCGUGCUACUGUUCAUGACCCUGAGACUGGGAAACUGACCACGGCACAUUACAGAGUCUCUAAGAGCGCCUGGCUGUCUGGCUAUGAAAGCCCAGUGGUGUCCCGCAUCAACACGAGGAUACAGGACCUAACAGGACUUGAUGUCUCCACAGCAGAGGAGCUGCAGGUAGCCAACUACGGAGUAGGAGGCCAGUAUGAGCCUCAUUUUGAUUUUGGAAGGAAAGACGAGCCAGAUGCUUUUAAGGAAUUGGGAACAGGCAACAGAAUUGCUACUUGGUUGUUUUAUAUGAGCGACGUGGCAGCAGGGGGCGCUACCGUCUUUCCUGAAGUUGGAGCCAGUGUGUGGCCCAAAAAGGGAACAGCUGUGUUCUGGUACAACCUCUUCCCCAGCGGGGAGGGUGACUACAGCACGCGGCACGCGGCCUGCCCAGUACUAGUGGGAAACAAAUGGGUAUCCAACAAAUGGCUCCACGAGCGGGGACAGGAAUUCCGAAGGCCGUGCACUUUAUCGGAGCUGGAAUGAUGGAGCCUGCUGCCCUGUCUCCCCUCUACUCAGUUGGUGUAAAAUGCACACAUCUCCUACAGUUUACAAUUGACUAACAAACACUCCACUACAGGUUCACUCCUCAACUACGCCGGUGUUUCAUCUGUGGAUAUAACAAAUGUGCUUUUAGUUCCCUCAAAAUUCUCCCCCUAAGAUUUUAUGAACAGAACAUAAUUAAGGUCUGAGUGUUACCAAAAAAACCCAACAAAACACAGAGGAGGGCCACGAAGAACAGUGGUAGUGUGUGUGGUAUU